UCCGCGGGGGCAGUAGUGGGGCGGGGUACGGAGCAAAGGUUGCCUCUUAGCCCAGAGCCUUCUCUGCAACUCGGCGGCAUCAUGACGGUUGGCGCCCGUCUCCGAAGCAAGGCGGCCAGCAGCUUCGCGCGCCGAGGGCCCCUGGGGCGAUCGCGCUGCGCCGGCGACGAGGAGACGGAUGCCAUCGUAGAGCACCUGGAGGGCGAGGACGAAGACCCGGCGAGCCAGGGCUGUGAGCGCGAGGAGGACGGGCGGCGUGCGGGGAUCCCGAGCGCGCGCAGGGUGCACCUUGCUGUGCUGCCUGAGCGCUACGAGCCCCUGGAGGAGCCCGGGCCAGGCGCCAAGCCCAAGAAGAAGUACCGGCGAAAACUGAAGAAGUACGGCAAGAAUUUCGGCAAGGCCAUCAGCAAAGGAUGCCGAUACAUUGUCAUUGGCCUGCAAGGAUUUGCUGCAGCUUACUCCGCCCCAUUUGGAGUGGCCACCAGCGUGGUAUCCUUCGUGCGUUAAUCAGAGAGCUACAGGGCAGGCGGCACCAGAAUGCUUCUGCCCUGGGGACAGUGUGUGAAUCCAGCACUUCAGACUGGGACUCACAGGAACUCGGAAGAGGAACGCUGCUUCGUGCUACACUGCUGAACUGGUUGAGUGUUAGGCAGGAGCCAUCCUUGCCGUUCUUGGACAU